AUGCUCGACCAUUGUUCUAUAUCGCACAAAGGCGGCCUCGUCCUCUGGACACGGUCAUUCACACCCUCCUCCCCAUUGGGGCCAGUAAACGCCCUGGUGAGGGAAGCGCUCAUAGAGGGUCAGGGCAGGUCUGAUGGGGAGACAGAAGGGUACGAGAAAGAUGGAUACGCGAUUCGGUGGACGACGAGUAACGAGAUGGAGUUGAUAUUCGUCGUAGCCUACCAACGUUUCCUGCACCUGUCGUACAUCCCCUCCCUCCUGGCGCAGCUCAAGUCUUUCUUCCUAAAGCUAUUCACCCCCUUCCUCCUCUCCCUUAUCCCGAGUUUGCACGCUACCGGCCCAACGCUGGUGCAAGUCGAGGGUGGGUGGGACUUUGACCGCGCCUUCCGGGGGUGGGACAAGGUGGUCGAUAGGGUGUUGAAGAGCGUUCAGGAGGAGAGUAAGGGCCGGAGUGCGUUGCCUAAACCUGUACUCCUCGCCGCUGAACCAGCGAAGACUUUACCACCCCCAGACUUGGUAUCAGAAGAUACCCAUACGGAGGAAGAGAUCACCCGGAACGUGGAGGCACUCAAAACCCGCUUGCGUGGGCGGGGUGCACUGGCAGGGGGCAGGCGGGGCGGGAAGAGGGGCAAGAAGCCGGCCGGGACGCCGGGUAGCGACUCCGGGUCAGAGACGUUCUCACCUGCAAAACCGAAGAAAGCCCAGAGAAAAUGGGGAGAUUCCGCUCUUUCGCAGGAGGAGAUCGCUGCGCUGGACUACUCGUCCGACGCGCCUCCUUCCGAUGGCGGAGCGGCGGUUGUCCCGCCUGCACCAGCGCUAGAGGAGCUGGUAGAUCAGAGCAGUAUGGGCCGGAGGAACAAGGAAGGGAUGUACGAAGUUGCCGACCUAGAGUCACCCGAAGAGGAGGAAGAAGGGGACGAUAUCCUCCUCCGUGCGUUUGGCACUUCUGCUACGCAGGAAAAGCCUGCCCAGGAAGGAUGGUUCGGAAACAUCGUCUCCCGUCUUACUGGCAGUCGGAUGCUUACGGACCAAGAACUUCAGCCUGUACUGGGGGCGAUGAAGGAACAUCUGAUGAGGAAGAACGUCGCUGCUGAGAUUGCGGACAAGGUCGUGGAGAGUGUAGGUCGAGAACUGAGGGGUAAGAAAGUGACCGGGUUCAAGGGGAUAAAAACCGAAGUCAGGGCAGCGCUAAGCGCCAGCAUCACCCGUAUCCUCACGCCCAAGACGAGCACCGACCUGCUCCUCUCCAUCAGAGCCAAACGUUCCUCUUCCCUCCUCUCCUCUCCCGUCCCUUACAGCCUAACCUUCGUCGGCGUCAACGGGGUGGGCAAAUCGACCAACCUGUCCAAAGUCGCCUUCUGGCUGCUGCAGAACGGGCUCGAGGUGCUUGUCGCUGCGUGCGAUACGUUCAGGAGCGGGGCGGUCGAGCAGCUCAGGGUGCAUGUGAGGAACCUUACUCUGCUCGGAGGGGCACAAGCGGGCGGAGGCAGGAGGGUCGAGCUGUUCGAGAAAGGGUACGGGAAGGACGCGGCGGGCAUCGCGAGGGAGGCGAUUGCUUAUGCCAAGGAGAACGCGUUUGAUGUCGUGCUUAUUGAUACGGCUGGGAGGAUGCAGGACAACGAGCCCCUCAUGCGCGCCCUAUCCAAACUAGUAGCAGUCAACAACCCCGACAAGAUCAUCUUCGUCGGCGAAGCACUAGUGGGGAACGAAGCCGUUGACCAACUGACGAAAUUCGACCGGUCCUUGAAGGACUUUAGCGCUUCCUCUGGCUUGGGAGCGGGCAGGGGGAGAGGCAUCGACGGGAUGCUUGUCACUAAGUGGGACACGGUGGACGACAAGGUUGGUGCGGCGCUUAGUAUGACAUACGUGACUGGCCAACCGAUCUUGUUUGUUGGGUGUGGGCAGACGUAUACGGAUUUGAGGCAGCUUAGGGUCGGGCAUAUUGUUGAUGCGCUCCUGAGGGACUAGACGGGCUUGGCUAGAGGUUUGUUUUGUAGAUUUUCGCGUUGUUGCACUCCUCUCUUUGAAUGG